CAGGGGCGGGGCGCGCACACGCGGCGCGGGACGCACGUGGCCCGUCCCAGGCCGCGGGCUCGGGCCAGCGGGGCUCUUGCGAGGAAGGAAAAAAAUGUCUCAAAAGCAGCUGAAGGAAGCCUUUGUCAGUAACCUCAGUGGGACCAGUGUGGUGGAAGUGACCGAGGGCCUGUGCUUCCCUGCCUUCUGUAUCCUGUGUAGAGGCCUUUUGAUCAUUUUCUCACAGCACUUGUGCUCUUUCUCAAACACCUGGAGCACACGCUUCCUCAUGGACUUUGUGGUCUUGAUAGUCCCCCUAGUGAUCACUCUAACUGUAUUGUCUUCUUUUAUCCUCCUUGAGAAUCUCACUGCGAUUGUCUGUGGAGCAUGGCUGCUGUAUCAGAUAUACCACAGGAGGACUUGCUAUGCCAAAGUGCCUGUGCAGAAAGUCUUUGCAAACUUCUUGAAAACCAGCCUAGAAUCAGAGUACAACCCAGCCAUCACCUGUUACCGGGUCACUAACAGUGUAUUUACUGCUAUUGCCAUUUUGGCUGUGGAUUUCCCACUUUUCCCUAGAAGAUUUGCCAAGACUGAACUCUAUGGGACAGGAGCCAUGGAUUUUGGAGUAGGUGGCUUUAUUUUUGGGGCUGCAAUGGUUUGUCCAGAGGUUAGAAGGAAAUAUAUAGAAGGGUCUAGAUUUAAUUAUCUUAGAAAAUCCCUGUAUUCUGUCUGGCCAUUAUUCUUCUUAGGAAUGGGAAGGUUAGUCAUUAUAAAAUCCAUAGGCUACCAGGAACAUUCAACUGAAUAUGGAGUUCACUGGAAUUUUUUCUUUACCAUCAUAGUUGUGAAACUAAUAACAUCACUGCUUUUGAUUAUUUUUCCUUUAAAUAAGUCGUGGAUUGUGGCUCUCAGCAUUACUGUGGUAUACCAGCUAGCCCUUGACUUUACUCCACUCAAGAAGAUAAUUUUGUAUGGCACUGAUGGCAGGGGCACAAGAGUUGGCUUGUUCAAUGCUAACCGAGAAGGAAUAAUUUCCACUUUGGGAUAUGUGGCAAUACACAUGGUUGGUGUACAAACAGGAUUGUAUGUGCUUAAGAGAAGAGCACAUGUCAGAGACUGGAUAAAAGCUACUUGUUGGGUUUUCUCAGUAGCUGUUGGCCUCUUCAUUUCUCUUCAUAUAGUGCAAGUAAACAUAGAAGCAGUUUCUCGAAGAAUGGCUAAUUUAGCCUUUUGUCUGUGGGUGGUUGCUUCCAGCCUGAUGCUUCUUAGUUGUCUGUUACUGGGUGGUAUAAUUUUGAGUUUUGCCAAGUUUCUAGUUAAAGGGACUCUAGUUCCAUGUUCUUGGAAACUUACACAGUCUCCUACCACAAAUCAAAGACAUUCUGAAUCUCUAAUACUAGAAGCUGAAAAAAAAGAACCCAGUCUUUGUUUGAUCACAGCUCUGAACAGAAACCAGCUGUUUUUUUUCUUACUGUCAAAUAUAACAACUGGUCUGAUUAACCUGACGGUUGAUACAUUACACAGUGGUACCUUAUGGACCUUAGUUGUGCUCAGUAUUUAUAUGUUUACCAACUGUUUAGUUAUAUAUGUACUUGAUUUACAAGGUAAAACCAUAAAGUUUUGAUGAUGAGUAGGUAAGAAAUAUGUAUUUGAAUAUUAUUAUUUUAGUGGAGAAGAAUGAGAGUGGGGGGAAUGUGUUCUUUGCAGUCUAGUCUUAACCAUACUUUAUUAUGAAGUUUCAGUCCCCUAUGAUAGAAAUUAAACUUUACCUUUUUUUUAAGGAAUACUCUUGUGUCUGUACUUGUACUCGGAUGUUUAAUACAUGUCAACAUUAUGUAAAAUAAGCCAACAGAAGUGGCAUGAAACUUUAAUCCCAGAACAUGGGAGGAAGAGGCAGGCAGAUCUCUGUGAGUUUGAUGCCAGCCUGGUCAGCAUGUUGAGUUUCAGGAUACCCAAGGUUAUGUACAGAGACCCUCAGGGGGAAAACGAAAGUAAACAGUCUUGUUACUUAUUGGAACUUAGAAAACGCCAGUACUUUAAAGAACUUGUUCAUAGAUUUUGCCUUGUUGGAGCUUACAGUUGUACUCCUACCUCAGGCUCAGUGCUGGGAUUGCAGGCAUGAGCCACAACACCCACUCUUGAUAGUUUUGACACUGGAAGAUGGGUGGUAAUUUUUACUUUUUUUUUUUUUUCCGAGACAGGGUUUCUCUGUGCCUGGAACUCACUUUGUAGACCAGGCUGGCCUCGAACUCAGAAAUCCACCUGCCUCUGCCUCCCGAGUGCUGGGAUUACAAGCGUGCGCCACCACCGCCCUGCUAAUUUUUACUUUCUAUAUAUCAUUAUGGCACUGUGUUUGUGAUUUUUCAUUGAAUAUGUAAUUAAGUGAUUAUAAUGUUUGUGUUAAAAUAGCUGCUGGUCAGGGUGUUUGUUAUUUAUUAGCAAUCUAAAUUAUUUGUGUAGUUUAGAGUAGAUAGAACCUCCUGAUACAGGUUUGCUAUUUUAAAUUAGUUGUCUUCAUAUUACAGAUUAUAUGUUUUGAGGUGCUGUGAAUCAGAACUUCAGUGUGCUGGGCAAACAUUGUACUGAGCCAUACUCCUAACUCUCAAAAUCUAUUUUUUGUUUAAAGAUUUAUUUAUGUAUGUGAAUACACUGUAGUCUUCAGACACACCAGAAGAGGGCAUCAUAUCCCAUUACAGAUGGUUGCUGGGAAUUGAACUCAGGGCCUCUGGAAGAGCAGUCAGUGCUCUUAAAGCUUCUGAGCCUUCUCUCCAGCCCUCAAAAUAUAUUUUUUAAUGUAAAUAUACUAAUUAUUAAAUGUGUUUUGUUCAA